GGAGAAAGUCUGGAGCUAGUCAUGCGGCUUACCUCUCCUCCACACUGGCACCUUGCCUCAGCAGCUGUAUCACCAGGCUGGGAGCACCCCGCCAUACUGCCUGGAACAGAGUACUCCAGGCUUGGGAGGGAAAGCAUCCUUCAAGGUCCACGGCCAGGACAUGAGUGAGCAGCAGGAGAGGGAGACAGAAGAGGAUGAAGGAGGCUCUUCAGACACAGCGCCCAUGCUGCCCCGAAGAAGGCCUACUGACUACCGUAUCCCAGUUCUGGUAUGCCCAGGGUGGCCCAUCCUGACCACCGAAGGCCUCAGGACCCUGCUGCUGCCCGGCCGGGCUCUGGUUGGGUUCCUGUGCCAUCUGCUGCUACCCGGGACAGUCUUCCUGCUGGUGUUGCUGCCAGCUGCUGCCAUUGUCUACCUGGGAUUCCUGUGCCACUCAAGGGUUCAUCCAGCCCCGGGUCCACGGUGCCGAGCGCUGCUCUCCGAUCGCGGCUCUGCUGCGCUCAUUGUGUUCGGAUUCCUCUCCCUGCCGCCUCUCCUGGUGCUCGCCUCCGCCGCCCGCUCCCUCUUGGUCCGGCGACUACGCCUUGUCCUGCCUACCCCGGCGAGGGCCCCCGAACCGCGCCGCCCACAGAGACGCAGCGAAGAGGAGCUGGCGGGCGGCCGCCCUGACGGAGAGAAACAGCUUUGUGCCUGGGUCUGAUGCCUCAGAGACGUCUCUGUGUUGAGAGCCUCCACUUGACUUCCAGAAAGUGAACGGGCAAGUGGAGCGGCCGCCUCUGGGCUCUGAGCGCAGUACUCGAAGUCGCCAGGAGAUGGCAACCGGGUCCCUUAGACUGGGUUGGUGCUUCUCUCUCAGAGGAGGGAGGUGGUCCUCCGAGAAGGUGCCAGGGGCUCUGCUCCCUCACCAAGCCAAUGCAUUCCACUCCUAACUGUGGUCAGCAGCCAGCUUUGCGGAUAUCUAUGUCUCCCAAAACCAGGCUAGUCCUAGAAUCUCCAGUGCGACCAGACUUCAUGACUCAUCUUGAGACUCAGGAGUCAUCUUGAGUCUCAAGGUCGGCCCAUGGCCCAGGACCAAGGCUCAAUUGUGUCUAUAGUCAAACAUUUACUAGGUCAGGUUUUGUCCACACUUAGUCUGUGACCAGGAUUAGUGGCUCAGUAAGUCCAGUGUCAGCACUCUGUUUAUAGUGUGUUUGUUUGUUUGUUUGGUUGGUUUUUCGAGA